AUGGAUUUCAUUCACAAGUUGAUGAACAUUGUGCUUCCUCGAGUAAUGCUCAUCGUGCUUCUUUUGUGUCUCCCACCAUACUUGGUUUUUACGUUUCUUAGUUAUCUAAAGAGAUCAAUCUUCACCGAAGAUGUUGCUGGGAAAACAGUUCUGAUAACUGGAGCAUCUUCAGGAAUCGGAGAGCAUAUUGCAUAUGAGUAUGCAAGGAGAGGUGCUCGUUUAGCGCUUGUUGCAAGAAGAAAAGAUCAACUUGAGGCAGUUGCCAAGAAAACCUGCGAGCUUGGCUCUCCCGAUGUUCUUGUCAUCUCUGCAGAUGUCUCCAACCUCCAUGACUGCAAGCGGUUUGUAGAUGAAACUGUCAAGCAUUUUGGUCAACGCCGCCAUAAUCAGCUUGCUCGAGACAUUGAGAAUAGAAGUUGGAUCACAAUUGAUACAAAUUUUUGGGGCGUAAUCUAUGCUACUUAUUUCGCCAUUCCACACCUGAGAAAGAACAAAGGGAAGAUCAUUGUCACAGCUUCAUAUGCAGGAAGGUUUCCUCUUCCCGGAACCAGUAUCUACAAUGCAAGCAAGGCUGCACUUAUAUCUUUCUACGAGACACUCAGAUGUGAAAUUGGUUCAGACAUUGGCAUAACAAUUGUCACCCCUGGCUUCAUCAAUACUGAAAUGACUAGAAACCAACUCUUUAUCAAGUCCAUGGCUUUACCUUUCGUGGAGUCGUCUGAAGAAUGUGGUAAGGCCAUAGUGAAGAGCAGUUGCCGGGGAGACAAGUACUUGGUGGAGCCAUCUUGGGUCAAGUUUAUUUCUCCGCUCAUGCUGCUUUGCCCUGAAUUAGUUGAAUAUUUCACUCGCAUAUUGUUUCGUACUUGUCUUAAAAAUUUCAGGCAUGUUACAGAACAAAAAACAGUAUAG